GAGUACUCAGCACGUGUGACUUCUUUCCUCAGUUUCAGACAAAUCUCCCUCACUCUCAAACACACACAAACUCCAUAGCAGAUUGGUGUUUUUUAACUACUUUACAAGCUUAAAAAGGGGAGAAAAGAAUCACACUUGUUGCUGCUUUCACCACUGGUGAUCGAAGUUGGGAGCUGCCAGAAACCGGAAAAUUGACUGUUUCACCGGUUUCUGCCUCUAGAAAUUUGCCAGAUGAUUGAAGUGGCAUUGUUCAUACAUCGAUCCGUAUAAGAAAAGUCAAAUUUUGCAGAUUAAACAGGAAGUAACUGAGAUGAUCUACUUGCUCAGCUUCAGAGUUCAUUUCCUCGAUCUAUCCGAAAUUUUCAACGCCCGUUACAAUUGAAUCAAAGGCAUUCAGCAAAUUAGAUGCAACUCUAGGAUUGAUUUUUUCGAAGCUCUCAUUAUUCUGCUUAAACCCUAAUAUUAAGAAUGUUGGACAUAUACUCUCAUAGUCUUAGAAAUGAUGUGUUAUGAUCUUAUGCUGCUUGAAAUCAAUUGAAAGGGAAUAUGGAUGAAUACAAUCGAAUAGAUGUGCAAAGAAACUCAGGGAGACAAUCAUCACGCCCAGUCUCAAAGUCAUUAUUAUCAGGUAAAUCAACACCUAGAGGUUCUCCUUCAUUUAGAAGAUUAAACUCCAGUCGAACCCCUAGAAAAGAUGGAAGAACAGGUGGAUUUGGUACUAAUUGUUUCAAAAGCAACCGAAUUGUGCUUUGGUUGCUUCUGAUCACUCUUUGGGCUUAUGCUGGAUUCUAUAUCCAAUCAAGGUGGGCUCAUGGUGACAACAAAGAAGGGAUCUUUGGAGGAAAUGAUUCAAAUGAUGAAACUGAUAAAACCGAAUCUGAACAAGUUCCUAGGAGGGAUUUGAGUGUGAGUAAUAAUUCAUUCACAGAUCAAGUUGUGAUCAAUGUCAAUCAGCCUGAUGUAAAGAAGACAAAUAAUAUGGUCAAGAACAUAUCUAAUGGUGUAUCAAAGUCACACACAAUUGUACCCAUAAAGAAACGAACUAAAAGAUCAAGGCGUAAACGUGGUAAUAAAAAAAAGGGUUUGGAAACUGAGAUUAGUAAGAAUCUUGAAAUCCAAGAAGAACAACUUCCUAACACAAAUGCUACUUAUGGGAUGUUAUUUGGUCCAUUUGGUUCAAUAGAAGACAAAGUUUUGGAAUGGAGCCCUACAAAGCGAUCAGGAACAUGUGAUAGGAAAAGUCAAUUUGCUCGUCUUGUUUGGUCAAGAAAAUUUGUUUUGAUAUUCCAUGAGCUAUCAAUGACUGGAGCUCCACUUUCAAUGAUGGAGUUAGCAACCGAGCUUUUAAGCUGUGGAGCAACUGUUUCUGUAGUUGCUCUUAGCAGAAGAGGUGGAUUGCUAACCGAACUUGCAAGAAAAAAAAUUAGGGUUCUUGAAGACAAAGAUAAAGUCAGCUUCAAAACUGCCAUGAAAGCAGAUCUUGUCAUUGCUGGUUCAGCUGUAUGCUCAUCAUGGAUUGAACAAUAUCUUGACCACUCUGUGGCUGGGACACGUCAGCUUGUGUGGUGGAUCAUGGAGAAUCGACGCGAGUAUUUUGACCGGUCAAAGCUUGUUCUAAAUCGUGUAAAACAAUUGGUUUUCCUUUCUAAAUCACAAUCUAAACAAUGGAUGGAUUGGUGUAAAGAAGAAAAUAUUGAAUUCAAGUCGCCACCCUCUUUGGUUCCACUCUCGGUUAACGAUGAGCUAGCUUUUGUAGCUGGAAUAAAUUGUUCCCUAAAUACCCCUGCAUUCACCACUGAAAAGAUGCUGGAAAAAAGAUUGAUGUUAAGAAAAAUAAUCAGAGAAGAAAUGGGAGUCAAAGAUAGUGAUAUGCUUGUGAUGGCAUUGAGCAGUAUAAACCCUGGAAAGGGUCAUUUUUUGCUUCUUGAAUCUUUAGAGUUGACCGUUGAUAAAAGCCAAAGAGGAUUGGUUGACCAUGGUGAAAGUUUAAAGAAAAUGUUGAGAGGAAGUGAUGAAAAGAAACAAGGGGGAGAGAUUAAGCUCUUAAUUGGUUCAGUUGGGUCAAAGAGCAAUAAGGUGUUUUACGUAAAAUCACUCCUUAAGUUCUUAUCGAAUCAUUCGGAUUUGGAAAAAUCCGUGUUAUGGACCCCAGCAACAACUCGUGUUGCCUCUCUUUACUCUGCAGCGGAUGUCUACGUUAUAAAUUCUCAGGGGAUUGGAGAAACAUUUGGAAGAGUAACAAUUGAAGCAAUGGCAUUUGGUAUUCCCGUGCUUGGGACAGAUUCAGGGGGCACGAAAGAGAUUGUGGAACAAAACGUAACGGGUCUUUUACACCCUAUUGGACAUCAAGGAACAAGUAUUCUUUCCAAAAACCUUCAAUAUUUACUAAAAAACCCAUCAGAACGACAGCGUAUGGGACUCCAAGGAAGACAAAAAGUUAAAAACAUGUACUUGAAAAAGCACAUGUACAAGAUCUUUUGGGAAGUUCUAUACAACACCAUGAGAAUAAAAUAAACUUUGCCCACUGUUUCUCAUGAUUUUCACUGAAAUGACAGAAACAAUGAGCAAAAUCCAGAACUAUUUAUAUUUAUUCGUAUUCUUUAAUCAAAAGUUAUGUUAUGUUAAAAAAACAAAAUUCGAACUAUUAUAUAUUUAUAUUUAUAGUUCCUGUA